AAUCUCAACAUCACCUGCUGAAAUUAAUGUAUCUAAUUAUAGCCGACAAUGGUGAAUGGUGGACAAGUUCGACGUCCUUAACUUCAGCGAGGAGAAAAGGUUAAGAGGCUUUGUUGUGGUAGCUUAUACGGUGGCAUAUGUUGCUUAUGACAGGGAAAUGGCAGGAGCUCAGUGCUAUGAGAAUCCUCCCGUAUUGGAUGUGCCACUCACAGGCUUGAGUGGGUACGUAGAGACCUUAGCAGACCUCAAAGUUUAUGUUUCCGGAUCUCCCCACACCCACACCGCUAUCAUCUUAGCCUCUGAUGUUUAUGGUUUUGAGGCUCCAAAUCUGAGAAAGCUUGCUGACAAGGUAGCAGCUUGUGGAUAUUAUGUUGUGGUCCCUGACUAUUUUCGUGGAGAUCCAUAUGUACGAGCCACUACUGGAGAUCCUGUUGCUAAUCAGCCAGAGUGGCUUAGUAGGCAUCGGCCGGCACAAGGCUUUGAGGACUCUAAAAAACUUAUUGGUGUUCUGUAUUCUAGAGGUAUAGCAGCAAUUGGUGCAAGUGGAUUUUGCUGGGGAGCAAAGGUGGUCGUGGAGCUGGCUAAAGGGGAUUAUAUAAAAGCAGGGGUUUUAUUGCAUCCUUCUCUUAUUCCUGUGGAUGAUUUUAAAGUUACUAAAGCACCUAUAGCAAUAUUGGGAGCUGAGUUCGAUCAUAUUACCCCCCCAGAAAUUAUAGAGCAGUAUGAAGCAAUUUUGUCAGCAAGACCUGAGGUAGAUAGUUUUGUUAAGAUUUACCCUGCAGUUACUCAUGGGUGGGCUAUAAGAUACAAUAAUGAUGAAGUUGCUGUGAAGAAUGCAGAUUUGGCUCACGCAAAGAUGUUGGAAUGGUUUGAUAAAUACCUGAAGUAACAGAGAGUAGACUUGUUUGCCGACUUAAUAAUAAGCAAAAGCUACUUCUCUAUUAUAUGGUUCGGUGGCUGCCGGAAGUUCAUAACAACUUACACUGUGAUGUUGUUUUGGGAAUUUCCUGAGGAUACUUUGGCAAGAUGUUGCAAGAAAACUGGAAAUAAUUUGUAGGGAGUGAACUUCUAAUUUUUCCAAAUAGUGUUGGAGCAAUUAAUAGUCCUUAGAGAGUAAUAAAAAAAAUUCACAAACAUUUUUUAUCAUGCAUGAGCUUAGUUGCGUUGUACCCAAUAUUCUUGAAAAUAUCUUGUAUUCUUCUAAGUUGAAGCGUACACCUAAGGUCAAUAAUUGGUCUCAUGUCUAGUCUUUUGAGGAAAUAUUUAGUUAAUUUUAUAACUCCUAGUGCUUAGUCACUAUUACAGAAUUAUCCAUAUAUGACACUAUAUUGGAAAUCUGUAACGUUAUCUAGAGCAAGGAAAUAAUAUUUAGGUAUUGGUAGUGGUGCAUUAUUUUUUAUAAA